GGAAAGGAAGCACCUUUGGGGACAACCAUGACGUGGAUGACUUGAGAAUCCCAAUAGAGUAUUAAGUAUGGUCUCUACUUACAGUUAGUUAUAAAAAUAAAGGCAGCAUGUAUAAAAGGCUUAUAAUAGUGUGCGGUCCCCCUCAUACCUUGGUUUAUGUUCUGGGAUGAAGCUUAUUCAAACAAACCAUGAUUUAGAACUCUCCCCCCCCCCACACUGCUAGUGAGAUGCACCAGCCUUCUGGUGACCAACAUUUACAGUUUCCUAAAAAAUAUGAUGUUCCUCAUUCGGUCCAAGGUUCCAGAAGCCUUUAUGGAGGUGACUGUGUGUUCAAGUGAUGUGCAGCGCACACAUUUGGGUCGCCGACAGAAAACCAUCUACAAGAAUAGUGUGCAGGGGAACCACUGGACUGCGCCCUCUAUAGGCCGAGUUCAUUGCCACCCGCCCGAGCUGCUCUCCCGCUUGGAUCGUGGAGAGGAGGCCUGGGUCCCACCAAUCCAGAGCUCUGAUGAAAGUGCAGAUGAAGGCCCAAUUAAGCCAACGCUGAAGCAGUUACCGGCGGGAGGGACCCGGUGGGCUCGAUACCGGAGUCCUGUGACAUACCCCAGUUCAGAGUCUGCAAACUCAGAUAACGAUCAAGAAAGUGAAGAAGAGAAGUCCCAUCGUGGAAGCUAUCUUCAUCGUGGAGGUUUUCGACCGACGAUCCUUCGCCGAAACUUAUUUAAUAAUCCCAAGGGGAGUGGAUCACAGAGUCUGAAGCCCAGAGAGGCCUAUAAACAUGGGUCUCAGUUGAAGAAGCCUUCCCAAAGUCAGCCGGGAAAGACAAAGGCAGAAAUGGGCAACGCCAACGAGAGCUCACAGGCCAAAGAAAGGGCUGCAGGAAGGGACCAUCCUGUCCUGUGCUCUGAUUGUGGACUGAUCUUCAAGUCCAAAAUAUCUCUCGCCAAUCACCAGAGGAUACAUACUAUGCCGAAGCCCUAUAAAUGCCCUGACUGCGAAGAAAGGUUUUCAUCCAAAAAAGUCCUUGACCGCCACCAGAGGGACCACAGAGCAGAAGCGGGCAAGAGACCUCCUUGCAGCGUUGUGAAGCCUCAAAACCUGAAGCUCUAUGAAUGUUUCUCCUGCAAGAAAUCUUUUGAGCUCAAAGAGCAAUUCCUCCUCCAUCAAAAGAGCCACACAACCCAGCAGUCCUACAAGGGUCGUGAACGCGGGCAAAUCUUUGUUCAGAAGGAACUUCUUGACAAACAUAAAAAUUGCCACACAACACCCAAAAACAACCGAAAGAAGAAUAAGAAGGAAGAAAAGAUAGAAAGUACGCCUGAAACUGAACACAAGAAAGACAGUACAGCCCCUGUCCCUGGGAGCACAAGAUCACUGAACAUUGGCCUCACUAGACAGCAGCAAGACCAGGUCAAUCUCCAUAAAUGUCAGUUUUGCGGGAAAUGUCUAAGGUUCAAAAGUUUGCUUGUGGACCAUGAGAGAAUGCACAGGGAACCAAGGCCAUAUAAAUGUUCCCAGUGUAGUAAAAGCUUCCUUGUUAAGUCUAUUCUAAUGACACACAUGACGACCCAUAUGAAACAGGCGUCCAGGAAACAUCCAAAGAAAGUUAAAAGCUUGGCUAUGAAAAGCGCCUUGGAUGAUUCGGAAAACUCUCACAAAAGAGGAAAUUCCUCUAAACGCCCAGGUUCCAGAAAAAUCAUCACUCGUAGCUCCUACCACAUUUGGCACCCAAGAAAAUGGGGAGAGAAAGGACUCCAUCAGUGUCAAUAUUGUGGGAAAUAUUUAAGUACAAGAAUCAUCCUUGCUAAUCAUGAGAAACUCCACACAGGUGAGAGACCCUAUAAAUGCCACGAAUGUCCAGAAAGUUUCAUUCGAAAACACCACCUUUUUCGACAUCUAGCGAUUCACCUCAGAGAACUCUCCAAUGACGAUGCCAAAAGUUUGAGUGUGAAAAGUUACCACACUAUGAGGAUCAAAAGUCACCACUAUGGACAGAAGGCUCCUGAAGAUCUUCUCCCUGCAAGUGAUGUCACUCGUCGCUCAGGACUUGCCAAGCACCCCAAAAUCACCACUCAAGAAAAUUAUGUAUGUCAGCAUUGUGGAAAAUGCAUGAGAACCAAAAGCGCCUUUGUCAACCAUGGGAAAGUCCAUAGGAGAAAGGAACAGCCAUAUCCCCACUUGGAACAUGAGGAAAACACCUCCCAGGAAGAACCUCUGGCUUCCCACCAAGAAACCCACACUGUGGGGAAACACUCUCUGAGCUCAGACCCCAUAGGCAAAUUGGUCACAAAAAAUCCCCCCACUUCCUCCCACAAAAGGAAACAGCACCACCUCUGUCAAAAAUGUGGGAAAACCUUUGAUGAUAACAAUUCCUUCACCAGGCAUCAACGGAUCCACUCUGGGCAAAAGCCUUUCAGAUGUGCUGCUUGUGGGAAAUCCUUCGGUCAGAUGUGGCAUCUGAGGAGACACGAGAAGACCCACCUGAAAGGAAAAUUCCCCAAACAGUCCGUUGUAAGGGAAGAGGACAUUCAAGAAAACAACCACCUGGACCGAAAGCUCUUCAAAUGCGCUCUGUGUGGAAAAGGCUUCUUUCAGCCGUGGCAUCUGAAAAGACACAAGCGGAUUCACCUGAAUGAAGAAUGCCGAAAACUAUCUGCAGUCAUGGAAGUCACACGGGCCGUAUCUAAUUUCCCAAGUAGCACAGUGUCUACGGAGGAAGGAAGGGGAGAUCCUGUUGGAAAAGCAUUGUUGCAGCUACCACUUCACACAAAUGAGGUUAUCGGCUUGCCACAUGCCCAGGGAGAAGAAAGAGACUCGCUGGUGCCCUUAGAAGAAAGAUCAGACACAGGAGCUCCAGAAAAGCACAUGACGAUGCCAGUGCAAUUAUCUAGAAAAUUCAACGAAAAUAUCUUGCUGGCCUAUGGGGAAGUCAGCCAGGCAGAGAAAUCGGUGAGGAAACCCAGAAGAAAGGACACAGUCUCUAUCCAUCAGCCCAGGACCUGCUCCAAAAAUGCUCAUUCCCAAAGUCGUAAGAAGGAGAAAAACCACGAUGGCUGCCAAUUGGGACCAGGGGCUUCCUCCAUAAGAAAAUCUAAGAGAGAAACACAGCUAGUGGGGAAAAGAUCCAAACGUUGCUUUUGUCAAGGAGAAGAACGAGAAAUGGUCCCUCUGAACGCAUCCAACCCCCCCAAGAAAGUAAAAUAUUGUGAUGGUCCUGAAAGGGACCCCUGUAUGAGUGUUUCCCCCAGUUUGUUUCAAAGUGCAUCCAAGCCAAAGGAUCUUUGCCUUGAACUGCCCUGCCAGAAAACAUUCUCCAGAGAAGCCCAAAUGAAAGUGACCAAAAAUGUUGUGCAAAGGAACACAGUCGUCUCUGUGGCACAGGAGAGGGAAUCCCUUGAGGCCAAUUCUGGCUCUCAGAGCUGUGAGAAAGAAAAAUACAAGCCAUCCAACGUCAGGGAUCCGGCAGGGACCCGGCCUCUGCCACAUUUGUCCGAAAGCGAGACCCAACAGGAUCAUGACCGAUUCUGCCCUCUAAAUGCGUCCUCAGAUGCUACCGUCCAGAAUUUGGGGAGAGCCCCCUUGGCUGAGCAGCUGGGAGAGACCCCAAAUCCACUAAACAUACAGAGGAGAAUAAAGGCUAGACGCAGUGUUGAACUGAAAGCAGCGAUAUUGAGAAAGCUCCAGAUCUCGUUUUCUAAGGGAAAAACCUUCUGUGAUCAGCAGAUGAAACACGUCUGCACUCGGUGCAAGAAAUCCUUCCGUAGUCGGACUAAUCUCUUGGUUCAUGAGAAGAACCACACUGAGAACAGACCGUUCCCCUGCAUCCACUGCAAGAAAAGUUUUUUUACUAUGACCGCCCUUAAGAUCCACAUGCGAAUCCACACAGGGGAGAAGCCUUACAAGUGCUCUGAAUGCGACUUUUGCUGCAACGUGUUGUGUAAUCUCAAAAGGCACAAGGCCACCCACAGCCAGGAAAGGCUCCAGCCUUGCAUGCAUUGUGUGGAAAACUUCUGGCUGAAUCCUGAACAUAUGGCCCAUUUAAAAUUUAGUGGCAAGAAGGCGGCUUAUGCCUGCCCUGAUUGUGAACCAGCGUCUAUGCACAGGAACCUUCUAAAGCGGAAGAGAAAGAAGUUCUGACGUGAUUCAGAAGCUGAAUCUUAUUGCGAGAAAAUGAGAGACCAUGUGAUUUUUCCGACCUUCCAGCAUUGUAUCGCUUUACACUCAAAAUCGGGGACAUAUUCGAGCACUCUCUCUUGGCUCCCCCCACCCUCCCGAAGCAUUAGAUGAGGCCCUAGCAAACACAUUUAUUCUAGAGUGUCUUACCUCUUUGCUUUUAUCUCAAUAAUAUUCUUUUUAAGUUGGGUCAGAAGAUCAUUUGUAUAACCCCUUCUUCCAUUCCUCCAAGAGUCUGGGUGAAACUGCCAAAAAGAUGCUACUUUGGUGGAGAAAAUAGAGAUUUUUUUUUAAAUCAGAAAGAUGAUCAAAAUAUUGUCCUUGGAACUUGAGGUGAUGGAAGAGAGGAGAGUGACCUAAUUUGUAUUCCGUGUAUUUUUAAAUUACCUCUAACAUGCAUGGACAUCAAUCUAGGUUUGUGGUUUUCCUGUAAGGUGAUAUGUGCCAUUGAUUAUUUUUUUCUGCAGGUUCUCUGUUUAGGACCAGCCAGACAGAAUGUUGCAUUUUGAGAGGGAGGCCGAAGGCAUGUAUAAUAUGAACGAAGAUAUUGGAAUGUGAUCUCAUUAGGUUCUAUUUUGGCCAUAAUAUUUUGAGCCUGUCUUGCAACUUUUAACUUUAACUCAGGGAGGGUGGUUGUGAAUUAGAAUUGCUGUCUUUGAAUUCAAGACCCAAACCAAAUUGACUCAAAUGUUCUGAAAAUUCAAUAGAUCGAGUUAUCAAUGGGUCUCCUUGUAGAUAAUGUCUAUAGAAGUUAUUGUUUGAGAUACUGUACAUUCUAAUUUUUGCUCAUUUUUACUAUGCUGAUCUUACCUCAUUGUCCACCCCUUCUCUGAAUUCCUAUUUUUCAAUGUAAAGUACCAGCCACAACACUGAUUGUUUAUCUUUGAUUAAUCACGUUUAAUUCAAAGUUGGUUCUAGUCACCUUGGGCUCACAGCCUCGAAUCUCUUUUAUCAACUUCUGAAUCUUAUAUCUUGCUUAUACAGUGUGUGUGUAUAC